GUCAGACUGGGGACAGGCGUGGCAGUGGGCUGGUCCAGCCGCAGAGAGCGAUGAUGAUCAGCAUCAGGCUCCGUUGACUUGGAAUCAGCUGAGGCCCUGAAAUAGUCUGACAAAGGAGCCGAAGCCCAAAUCUGUCACGCUGGUGAUUAACCACAUCUGCUGGUGCUGAGGACGGCUCCGGGCUGUGGGUGUGCCGCACCCCCACACAGGACGCGCUCCCGAGGAUGCUCUGAGUUCUCCCUGCCCACACCUGGUUAUAACACACCCUCUGCAUAACAGUAGAAGAUGAGUAAGUCCCCCAGUCCCAAGGGCACCCCGGUGCAGCUCAGCCCCAGCGAUGGGGUCCCAGAGAGUCUCCAGUCGCCCCAGCAUUCCACACCAGGCUCAGGACCUCAGCAUAAGAAACGCGUCUCCAGCCUCCUGCAGAGUCCGUCGUUCAGGGAGGAGUUGGAUGUGCUGAUCCAGGAACAGAUGAAGAAGGGUGGCAGCUCAUCCAACCUAUGGGCACUGAGACAGCUCGCUGAUUUCAUGGCCUCACAUGGCUCUCCAGCUGCUCUGCCAGUCUCCCCCUCCAACAUGAUGAUGGUGACAGCCAUCAAUGACCUGCAGGGGUGGGAGCCAGGCAGCAUGGUGAAGGGGGAGAGGCUGAUGCGCUGCAAGCUGGCCAGCACCCAUCGCCUGUUCGACCUCUACGGCUGGGCCCAGAUCAGCUACACCUGUCUCACUCUCCGUGUCAGUAAAGAACAGGAACACUUCCUGGUGCUUCCAGAUGGCUUGGCAUACAGUGAGGUGACUGGAUCCAGUCUGGUAAAAGUGAAUAUCCUGGGCGAGGUAGUGGAGAAGGGCAGCACCAACCUGGGCGUGGACCCAGAGAAGUUCAGCCUGCACCAGGCCAUCUAUUCAGCACGGCCAGAUGUUCGCUGUCUUCUUCACAUCCACACACCGGCCACAGCAGCGGUUUCAUCUAUGAAGUGCGGCCUCCUGCCACUGUCCCAUGAGGCCCUGCUGGUUGGUGACGUGGCCUACUAUGACUACAACGGGGUCAUGGAGGCGGAGCAGGACAGAGUGGAGCUCCAGAAGAGUUUGGGACCCACCUGUAAAGUUCUGGUGCUAAGGAAUCACGGCAUAGUGGCUCUUGGGGAGUCAGUGGAGGAGGCCUUCUACACCAUCUACCACAUCCAGGCUGCCUGCCAGAUCCAGGUGUCAGCGUUGUGUUGUGCAGGUGGUGAACAGAACCUGAUUUUGCUGGAUCGGACCAUCCAUAAACCCAACUCAGCCGGCACUGUGGGCUGGGCUGGCUCCACCUUUGGGCCCCUGCACAAGAGCCGUGUUGGGGAGCAUGAGUUUGAGGCCCUGAUGAGAACUCUGGAUAACCUGGGCUACCGUACCGGCUACGCUUACCGUUUCCCCGUCCUGCUUGAGCGAUCACGGAUGCGUAGGGAUGUGGAGGUGCCUGCGACUGCCACAGCCUAUCACCAGUUUGAUGACGAUGGAGUCCACCCGGCUCUGAGGCAGAACCCUUUCACCCAGCGCCAGCAGCAGGAGAGGACCAGAUGGCUCAACACUCCCAACACCUACCAAAAAGUCAACCAAGAGCAAGCUAGUCCUGGACACCAGCGCACCACUUGGUUGAAGGAUGAGGUGACUCAAGCUGGCAGCACCUCCAUCAAAAUAGAGAACCCCAACCUGUUUGUGCCUCUGUUCACCAACCCUCAGGAGGUGAUAGAGACACGAAACAAGAUUCGACAGCAGAACCGUCAGGACAUGAAGACAGCAGGGCCACAGUCUCAAGUCCUUGCCAGUGUCAUAACAGAGAACAGUCCUCCGUCUCCGGUCAGCCCACUCAAAGUCCCACCAGAGCCAGAACCUCCCAACCCCUUCAACCAGCUGACGGACCAGGUACUGGACGAAUACCGCAAGGAGGUGCAGAGGAAACAGGACGGAGGGACUGAUGGGGAGGAGGUGGCAAAUGACAAGGACUCUUCCCCUGCUACCUCCCCCACAAAGGGCCCUCCGCCCAGCCCCCCUCCUCUGACAGAGGAGGUGAAGACCGACUCUCCAGCCAUACAGAACGGAGGCGAGGAGGAGAAGCAGACGACAGAAGAGUUGGAGAAAGGCAUGAAGGCCCUCUCGACCAAUGACACCUCCUCCACCCCUGCUGCUCCACCGGCCAAACCACAAGGUGGCACCCCUGAGGGUUCUCCCUGCAAGUCCCCUUCCAAGAAGAAGAAGAAGUUCAAGCCACCGUCUUUCCUGAAAAAAAGCAAGAAGCAGAAAGAGAAAGCAGAGACCUGAGGCAUUUACACACGCAAGACCUCGGUGAAAUACUACUGUGAAAUGUUUCUCAGCGUGUGGCGUAGGAGUAGCAGAUGGAGUCAACCACAUCAGAUCUGUUCCCUCAGUCACAGACACAUUGUACUAGACUCACCCUCACAUGCUUUUCUGUAAACUGUUACUAAUUUGAUCGAUGUGGUUAUUCAUCUUAAACAGGUUAAGAACUGAUGAUUACUUUCACAAGACUAUUUGACCAAGGUUGGAUACAAGGCGACAUUUUGACACACUAUUACUUGACACACACAUGCACACACACACACACACACACACACAAACACACACAAAUUUUUUUACUCCUGUCUUAAUGAGGACACUCAUCAGUAUGAUACGUUCCCUUACCUCUUACCCUAUCCUUAAACAUCACGACUAAAUGCCUAAUCCUAACCUAAUUCUAACCCUGAAAAAGUGAGGACUGGCCCAAAUGUCCUCACUCACAUAAGGUCUAUACUUAAAAAGAUCCUCAGAAGGAUAAACGUACAAGUACACCUCACACACACACACACACACACACACACACACACACACACACACACACACACACACAGAGUCUGUGUUUUACUCCUAUUUUGACCUGCUGUGCUAUCGAACCAUGACUUAACUUCAUUGUAUGUGAAUUCAGACAUGUUUGUUGUUUUUCACUCUGGGAUCAGACUGUGGUCCUGUGCACUUACAGCUCAUAAUUUUUUUCUUUUCGUCUCCACACCUUUGGAAGACACGAUGGAAGUUUAGUUAUGAAUUAUGCACUCCUUAUCCAUGUAUAGGCACUUGACACAUGUAUAUUGACAUGCUAGUAUGUUGCAUUUGUUCAUUAUCUUCUAGUCAUACUUUGGUUCUAGAUAUCAGAUAUAUGUUGCAGGUAUGCUAUGUGAGCACAGGUGCAUUACAUGUAGAAAUAUACUGAUAGCUACUGAUUGUGCUCUUCUGAAUGCUGGUCUGUGUAAAAGGCUUUGUUACAGCAGGGUUGAACAUGGCAAAAGAACACAGGGGAAAAUAUACUGGCUCGCAACAAAACACAAACAGCUAUAAAUGCCACUAUUACCAAAAAAAGGAUAAAGCUUAAAGAAUCUGUUGCUUGUCAAUGCAGUUUGAAAGACAGUUAUAGAAGAAACUGAAGGUACUAAACAUUCCACUUUCUUUCCUGGAUUUCUUUUAAACGUAUGUGUGCAAAAUACUUCUUAUCAGUAAUUAUUUUCUGUCUCAACAAGUAGCUGUUAUCAAAAUGCUGAUGUGUGAUGUUUGCCCAUGGUUUUAAUUUAUUUAAUAUUAGAAUGUAUAGGUGAGUGUUGCAAGGUUACCAUGUAUCAGUCAUUAAAGAUCAAGUUUGAUUUGAAACCAACUGGACGUGUAGUGUAUGUUCUAAUUUUUCUAUGCCUAAAUGUCUUGUUUUUGCUUCACUGUUGUUUCUGCCAUAAUUAAUAAAUUAAAGCUGCUCUUAAGGUCUCACAGUGA